UCAAUAUAAAUUCACAUUCUUGUUUAGAAGGAGACUCUCAUUUUCUAUACAGAAAGAAAGAGAGAGAGAAUCGGUGGGUGUUGAGCUGUGAUUUAGCUGUCUUCAUUCCCCACCCUCCGUUCACACCUUCUCCGAAUCCCCUAGAAAAACCUCCACUUUCUCUCUCAUAAUUCAAAACCCUCAUUCAUCUCCUUCUUCUUCUACUUCUUCUUCAUCUUCAUCUUCAAUCGAUAAUCUUCACCCACAUUUCGACUUUCUUAUAAUCGAUUGUUGCGUUCAGAGCGCAGGUUUGUUUACAACGAUUUAGUUAAGCCUCAGAUGUCUAAGGUGUUGAUAUGAAGAAGACUUCGAUCCUUGUUUAUAUUGCGCUGUUUGCAUUAUUGUCUGGUUUUGGGUUUUGUUUUUCCGGUGAUGGUUCCGGUGUCAGCGGCGGGUUAAGUUCUGGAAAGCUGACUGACGGUGAGGUGAUUUUCAUACGUCAACGGCAGCUUCUGUCCUACCUGGAUGAGUUCGGCGACAGAGGCGAGAAUGUGAGCGUGGAUCCGACGCUUGUGUUUGAAAACCCUAGGCUGAGAAAUGCUUACAUUGCUUUACAAGCAUGGAAGCAGGCGAUACUCUCAGAUCCACAAAAUCUCACUGUAAAUUGGGUUGGUUCUAGUGUGUGCAACUACACGGGAGUGUUCUGUGCACCCGCACUGGAUAACAGUUCGGAGAGAACCGUUGCCGGAAUCGACCUUAACCACGGCGAUAUCGCUGGGUAUUUGCCGGAGGAGCUUGGGUUGCUCAAGGAUCUUGCAUUGUUUCAUAUUAAUUCGAAUCGGUUCUGUGGAACUGUUCCGAAGAAGUUUCGUCAGUUGAAGUUACUCUACGAAUUGGAUCUCAGCAACAACAGGUUCGCUGGAAAAUUCCCUUACGUUGUUCUUAAAUUACCGGUAUUAAAGUUUUUGGAUCUCCGGUUUAAUGAGUUUGAAGGUAGUGUUCCUAAAGAAUUGUUCGAUAAAGACUUGGAUGCUAUAUUUAUUAAUCACAACCGGUUUGUGUUUGAAUUGCCGGAUAAUUUUGGCAAUUCGCCGGUGUCGGUGAUUGUUUUAGCGAACAAUAGGUUUCAUGGUUGUCUUCCGGCGAGCAUCGGGAACAUGUCGGAUACUUUGAAUGAGAUUAUCAUGAUGCACAAUGGAUUGAGGUCUUGUGUGCCGGAAGAAAUUGGGUUGUUGAAGGAGGUGACGGUGUUUGAUGUGAGCUUUAAUCAGUUAAUGGGGCCGUUGCCGGAGAGUCUUUCUGGUUUGGUGAGCGUGGAGCAGUUGAAUGUGGCUAAUAAUUACUUGACCGGAAGUAUACCGAAGAGUAUCUGUAGUCUUCCGAGGUUGGAGAAUUUCACUUAUUCUGAUAAUUUCUUCACCGGUGAGCCACCGGAGUGUUUGAGGUUGGAGGAGUUUGAUGAUCGGAGGAAUUGUUUACCGGCGAGGCCCGCACAAAGGUCUAAAAAGCAGUGUGACAUGUUCGCGUCUAAGAAGAUUCAUUGUAGUGCAUUUAGGUGUACGCCAUUUGUUCCGGCGCUUCCACCGCCGCCGCCACCAUCACCUCCACCGCCAGUUUACUCCCCUCCACCUCCACCAUCACCUCCGCCACCAGUAUACUCUCCUCCGCCUCCAGUUUACUCUCCUCCUCCACCGCCACCCUCACCUCCGCCCCCUGUUUACUCUCCUCCCCCACCUCCACCAUCACCUCCACCGCCAUCACCUCCUCCUCCACCUCCACCAGUUUACUCACCUCCUCCACCGCCUCCAUCACCACCACCACCAUCACCUCCUCCACCACCUCCACCAGUUUAUUCUCCUCCCCCACCGCCACCAUCACCACCACCACCAUCACCUCCCCCACCACCUCCACCAGUUUACUCUCCUCCCCCACCUCCACCACCGGUUUACUCUCCUCCGCCACCUCCUCCAUCACCCCCGCCACCAGUAUACUCUCCUCCCCCACCUCCACCGUCACCCCCCGCACCAGUUUACUGUCCUCCACCACCUCCAACCUAUUGUGUACGAUCACCACCACCUCCUCCACCUCCAACUGCAUCCCCGCCUCCGCCGCCCUUGUUUUCUCCACCACCACCUGUUCCAUAUUACUACAACUCACCUCCUCCGCCUCAUUCACCGCCCCCAUAUUACUAUAACUCACCGCCUCCACCACACUCUCCACCACCACCUCCACCUCACUCACCGCCUCCACCACCUCCAUCUUAUAUCUACUCAUCACCACCACCACCACCACCUGUAGCCCAUUCUCCACCUCCCCCAGUCCAUUCUCCGCCUCCCCCAGUCCAUUCUCCACCACCACCACCACCAUCACCACCUCCUCCACCUCCUUGUAUAGAACUACCUCCACCUCCCUGUAUAGAACCGCCACCACCACCAUCCCCAACCCCAUCACCUCCACCACCACCGCAUAAAUCACCUCCACCACCAGCACCUGUUUACAGUUCUCCACCACCCCCAGUCCACCACCCGUCCCCACCUCCACCACCGAUUAUAUACAACAGCCCACCACCUCCUGCUCCAGCAUACGAGGGGCCAUUACCUCCGGUGAUCGGCGUUUCUUACGCCUCUCCUCCACCACCACCCUUCUAUUGAUUCUUUGAUGUAUUCUGAAAACUCAAAACACCAACAACAACAAUAAUACACAACAAUUGGCAUCAUCUAUUCCUUGAGCUUUUCCGAAUUGAUGACAGAAAACAGAUAGAGAAAGAGAGAGAGAGAGAGAGAGAGAGAGCUGAAAAAAAAUAAAACAAAUUUUAUUUUAGGUUGCAGAAGCAGAUCAAAGCAUAUCAUAUCAUAUCCUCAUCCUCAUGUAUAGAGAAACAUCCAUUGGCAUUCUUUCUCCUUCUGAUUCUGCCUGUGGGUUUCUAAUUUUAUUAUUUUAUUUAAAUUUCAUACUUUUUCUUCUUUUUAUAAAUGAAAAACAUUUUUAUUAUCCA